UUUAUUUCUUCAUGGUAUCAGAGCAGGUGUGGUAGAAGCCCACCUGUUUCUCCUUUUAUUUAGUCGGUUGUCUUCUCCGUUGUUUUCUCUUCCAUGGGAGAAAAAGUUGAGUCUACCGCUACUGUUACUAAUGCUACAGCUGCUGGCAUUUCUGAGUUUGAGGCAAAUCCAAACAUGAGGCUUUGCUCUGUUCUCUUGAAUGGUUUCAAUUAUAUCCCUUGGUCCAGAGCUGUUACUUUAGCUCUUGGAGGAAAAUCAAAGCUGGGAUUUAUUAAUGGAAAAAAUCCAGCCCCAGAUGAUGGUGAUCCAAAAUUUGAAGAAUGGCUGUCAAAGGAUCAACUUGUUAUGUCUUGGAUUUUAAAUUCCAUGGAGCCACAAGUUGCUGAAAUCUUCAGCUACUCAGAUUCCUCUAAACACUUGUGGGAGUCCCUUAAAGAGAUGUAUGGGCAGCAAAACAAUGCAGCCCGAAUUUUUGAGUUAAAGAAAGAAAUUGCAGGAGCUUAUCAAGAGGGAAAAUCCUUCAUUGAGCAUCUUGGGAAAUUGAAAGGUAUGUGGAAUGAGCUUGCCCUGUAUCGACCUCAUACGACUGAUUCUAAGGUUCUUGUGCAGAGGGCAGAGGAAGAUAAAAAUUUUCAGUUGCUUGCAAGUCUUGAUUCAGACUAUGAAGAUCUUAGAAGAAAUAUUCUCAUGAGUACUGAGAUGCCUUCCUUUAACAAUAUUUGUACCAUUAUUCAAAGAGAAGAAAUCCGAAGGAAAGUGAUGCACAGUGAAACAAAGUCACAUACUGUGACUUCAGAGUCAAAGGCAUUUGUAGUUGACCGAAGAAAGGGACAAAGGGAUCCUGUGAAGUGUGAUUAUUGUGGACAACCCAGACACACUAGAAACAGAUGUUGGAUUCUCCAUCCACACUUAAAGCCAAAGAAUGGAAGAGAUAUCAACAAGGCUUCAACUCAAUCUGAGAAGGCAGUAGGUCCACAUGAAAAGGCAGCUCAUCAAGUAACAAAUGAAGACUCAAUGAUUGCAGCAACUCUAACACCUGCAGCCGUAACCAGUCAACUAUUGCAGGUGCUGCAAAAAAUGAGUAAACCUGAGGCCUCAACCAGUUCGACCAACUCAUGGGCAUUAAUCAGUCAAGUCACCCAACUGUUACAACAAAUGGGUAAAUCUCAAACACUUUCCUUGGAUGCUUCAUCUGCUUCAUUGGCAUCAGGUAUCAUCCAUGCUCUCCCAUCUGCCUUGCUUUCGCUCAAUAAAAACUCUGAUAUUUGGGUUGUUGAUACUGGUGCCACGGACCAUAUGACCAAUAAUUCAAGUUGUAUGCAUGAGUUUCAAACCUCCAACAACAACCAAAGAGUCUCUGUAGCCAAUGGACCGGACCACGGGGAGGAUGAUUGGUGAAGGUGUUUAUUCCAAUGGCUUGUACCUGGUACAUCAACCAGUUAAAAAUCCAAAAGCUCUCCAAGUCAAUUCUGUUCAGAAUGGUCA